GAGAAAUCACCAUUCCUUUAUCUGUUCCCUCCUAGUUAUACAGGGCUGUUGACGAUGUUUUCUUUCUAUUCCUGUUCCUGCUGUUUGUUUAGCCUAUUUAUGACUGUAAGGUUUUGGAAAAGAAAAAAGUUAAUCAUUAAAGUGUGCUCAGGCAUCCCAGGCUUCCCAGGGAAGUGGUCACGGCAUCAAACACUGGAUACCACUUUCAGACAUAGGGUUUGGAUUUCGGGUGCUUUUGUGUGGAGACAGAAGUUGAACUCAGUGAUCCUUGUGGGUCCCUUCCAACUUGGAAUAGUUUAUGAUUCCAUGAUUCUACACAACGGAUCCAAUGGAACUUUAUCCUUCAUCCUGGACAAAAUCUGCCAGGGAAUUGGUGUUUUGAAGACACUUACUGCUUCGAAUCCUCAUUCCCUUGGGAAUACAAACCUUUCUAAAUAUGUCACCAGCCAUGUGGAAGUGGACUUGCCUGGUUUCUCACCUCCUGUUAUCUGCCACAGUGUCACCUCUUGGGAGGCAGCAGCCUCCCCACCCAAAGAGGCCCUUCAUCACCUUCACUGGAGACCAAACGGAGGGGAACUUCAACCACUUAGUGGUUGAUGAAAGGACUGGGCAUAUUUACCUGGGAGCUGUCAACAGGAUCUAUAAACUCUCCAGUGACCUGAAGGUCCUGGUGACCCACCAGACCGGUCCUGAUGAUGAUAAUCCCAAAUGUUAUCCUCCCAGGAUAGUCCAAACCUGCAAUGAACCCUUGACACCCACUAACAACAUCAACAAAAUGCUCCUCAUAGACUACAAGGAGAAUCGAUUGAUAGCCUGUGGGAGUCUUUACCAGGGCAUCUGUAAGCUUUUGAGGCUGGAUGACCUCUUCAAGCUGGGAGAACCCUUCCACAAGAAGGAGCAUUACCUCUCCGGCGUGAAUGAGAGUGGCUCUGUUUUUGGAGUCAUUGUUUCUUACAGCAACAUGGAUGACAAGUUGUUCAUUGCCACUGCUGUGGAUGGCAAACCUGAAUAUUUCCCCACUAUCUCUAGCAGAAAGCUUACCAAGAACUCUGAGGCAGAUGGGAUGUUUGCAUACGUUUUCCAUGAUGAGUUUGUGGCAUCUAUGAUCAAAAUCCCCUCAGACACCUUCACCAUCAUCCCUGAUUUUGAUAUCUACUACAUCUAUGGCUUCAGCAGCGGUAACUUUGUUUAUUUCCUAACUUUGCAGCCUGAGAUGAUCUCACCACCUGGUUCCACCACCAAAGAACAAGUUUAUACCUCUAAGUUGGUCCGGUUGUGCAAAGAGGACACAGCUUUUAACUCCUACGUUGAGGUGCCCAUUGGCUGUGAGAAGAACGGGGUGGAAUACCGGUUGCUCCAGGCAGCCUACUUGUCCAAGGCUGGAGCCAUUUUAGCAAGGUCUUUGGGUGUUGGUCCUGAGGAUGAUAUCCUCUUCACAGUCUUCUCUAAGGGGCAGAAAAGGAAGAUGAAGUCCUUGGAUGAAUCUGCUCUUUGCAUCUUUGUCCUGAAAGAAAUCAACGAUCGCAUCAAGGACAGGCUGCAGUCCUGCUACAGGGGAGAGGGGACAUUAGAUCUGGCCUGGCUCAAAGUCAAGGACAUUCCCUGUAGCAGUGCGCUGUUAACAAUUGAUGACAACUUCUGUGGCCUGGAUAUGAAUGCCCCCUUGGGAGUAUCAUCUAUGGUGCGAGGGCUCCCCAUUUACACUGAAGAUGGAGACAGAAUGACAUCUGUGAUUGCUUAUGUCUACAAGAACCACUCCCUAGCUUUUGUGGGAACCAAGAGUGGAAAGCUCAAGAAGAUCCGUGUGGAUGGCACCACCAAGAACACGCUGGAGUAUGAGAUAGUGCAGGUGGUGGACACUGGCCCCAUCUUAAGGGACAUGGCCUUCUCAAUGGAUCAUGAACACCUCUAUAUCAUGUCUGAGAAGCAGCUCACUCGGGUGCCCGUGGAGUCCUGCAGUCAAUACGAGACCUGCAGCGAGUGCUUGGGCUCAGGAGACCCUCACUGUGGGUGGUGUGUGCUUCACAACACGUGCACAAGGAAGGAGCGGUGUGAGCGCUCCAGCGAGCCUCGGAGAUUCGCCUCGGAGAUGAAGCAGUGUGUCCGGCUGACCGUGCAUCCCAACAACAUCUCUGUCUCCCAGUACAAUGUAUUGCUGGUCUUGGAGACCUACAAUGUCCCUGAGCUGUCAGCAGGAGUCAACUGCACCUUCGAGGACCUGUCAGAGAUGGAUGGCUUGGUAGUGGGCAGUCAGAUCCAGUGCAUCUCACCAGCUGCCAAAGAGGUGCCCCAGAUCAUCACAGAGAAUGGAGACCAUCACAUAGUCCAACUCCAGCUCAAGUCCAAGGAAACGGGUAUGACCUUUGCCAGCACCAGCUUCGUCUUCUACAACUGCAGUGUCCACAAUUCGUGUCUGUCAUGUGUGGAGAGCCCUUACCGGUGCCAUUGGUGCAAAUACCGCCACGUCUGCACUCAUGAUCCCAGCACCUGCUCCUUCCAGGAGGGACGAGUCAAGCUGCCUGAGGACUGUCCACAGCUGCUGCAGGCUGAGAAGAUCCUGGUGCCAGUGGAAGUGAUCAAACCGAUCACGCUGAAGGCCAAAAACCUGCCCCAGCCACAGUCUGGCCAGCGAGGCUACGAAUGCAUCUUGAACAUCCAAGGCAAUGAGCAGCGGGUGCCCGCCUUGAGGUUCAACAGCUCCAGCGUGCAGUGCCAGAACACUUCGUAUUCGUAUGAAGGAAUGGAGAUUAACAGCCUGCCGGUGGAGCUGACCGUUGUAUGGAACGGGAAUUUCAACAUUGACAACCCAGCACAGAACAAAGUUCAUCUGUACAAGUGUGGGGCCAUGCGGGACAGCUGUGGCCUGUGCCUGAAAGCCGACCCAGACUUCGAGUGUGGCUGGUGUGAGGGGCAGAACCAGUGCACGCUGAAGCAGCACUGCCCGGCCCAGGACAGCCAGUGGCUGGAGUUGUCCAGCACCAAAGGCAAAUGUACCAACCCCAAGAUCACAGAUAUCAACCCAGUGACAGGCCCUCGUGAAGGAGGGACUAAAGUGACCAUCCGUGGAGAGAACCUGGGGCUGGAGUUCAGAGACAUUGCAUCUCAUGUUAAAGUGGCUGGAGUGGAGUGCAAACCACUGGUGGAAGGGUACAUCCCAGCAGAGCAGAUAGUAUGUGAGAUGGGGGAGGCCAAACCCAGCCAGCACGCUGGAUUUGUGGAGAUCUGUGUGGCUGAGUGCAAACCAGAGUUCAUGGCCAGGUCUUCACAGCUCUACUACUUUAUGACUCUGACACUCUCUGAUCUCAAGCCGAAGCGGGGACCUGUAUCGGGUGGCACUCAGGUGACAAUUACGGGUAAUAACCUCAAUGCGGGCAGCAACGUCAUCGUGACCUUUGGGCGACAACCUUGCCUCUUCUACAGGAGAUCCACCAAGCACAUUGUCUGUAACACCACAGCCUCAGAUGAAGGCUUUGAGAAGGUGAAGGUGUCUGUGAGAGUGGACAAGGCCAAAAUACAUCAGGAGCUGCAGUAUGAAUAUGUGGAGGAUCCAACAAUCCUGAGGAUUGAGCCUGAGUGGAGCAUCUUCAGUGGCAACACACCCAUUGCAGUGUGGGGAACUCACCUAGACCUGAUCCAGAACCCUCAGAUCCGGGCAAAGCAUGGUGGAAAGGAACAUGUAAAUAACUGUGAGGUGCAGAACAGCACAGAGAUGACCUGCCAGGCUCCUGCGCUGGCUGUUGACCCUAGUCACCAAUCUGAGCUAGCUGAGCGUCCAGAGGAGUUUGGCUUCAUUCUCGACAAUGUGCAAUCCUUGCUGAUCCUCAACAAAACCAAUUUCACUUACUAUCCAAACCCUAUCUUUGAGGUUUUCAAUCCCUCAGGGAUCUUGGAGUUGAAGCCAGGAAGUCCAAUCAUACUGAAGGGCAAGAACCUGAUCCCACCAGUGGCAGGAGGGAAUGCCAAGCUGAACUACACAGUUCUGGUUGGUGAGAAGCCCUGUGUGGUGACUGUAUCAGAUGUGCAACUACUGUGUGAGUCCCCAAACCUCAUUGGGAGGCACAAGGUGAUGGCUCGUGUAGGAGGGAUGGAAUUCUCCCCAGGGAUGGUCUACAUCUCUCCAGACAGCCCUCUCAGCUUGCCAGCUAUUGUCAGCAUUGCAGUGGCAGGUGGCCUGCUCAUCAUCUUCAUUGUGGCUGUGCUGAUUGCCUACAAGCGCAAGUCCCGAGAGAGUGACUUGACCCUCAAACGCCUGCAGAUGCAGAUGGAUAACCUGGAGUCCAGGGUGGCACUUGAGUGCAAAGAAGCUUUUGCAGAGCUGCAGACGGAUAUUCAUGAGCUGACAAGUGACCUGGAUGGAGCAGGGAUCCCUUUCCUCGAUUACAGAACCUACACCAUGAGGGUGCUUUUCCCUGGCAUUGAAGAUCACCCAGUCCUGAGAGAUCUGGAGGUCCCUGGCUAUAGGCAAGAACGGGUGGAGAAAGGCCUCAAGCUCUUUGCACAGCUCAUCAACAACAAGGUUUUCCUGCUAUCCUUCAUCCGCACGCUGGAGUCCCAACGCAGCUUCUCCAUGCGCGAUCGUGGCAACGUGGCCUCGCUGAUCAUGACAGUGUUACAGAGCAAGCUGGAGUAUGCUACUGAUGUCCUCAAGCAGCUCUUGGCUGACCUCAUAGACAAAAAUCUGGAGAGCAAGAACCACCCCAAACUGCUGCUCCGGAGGACAGAAUCUGUAGCUGAGAAAAUGCUCACCAAUUGGUUCACCUUUCUUCUGUACAAGUUUCUCAAGGAGUGUGCUGGUGAACCUCUGUUCUCCCUCUUCUGUGCCAUCAAGCAGCAGAUGGAAAAGGGUCCCAUUGACUCAAUCACUGGGGAGGCCCGGUACUCACUGAGUGAGGACAAGCUUAUCCGACAGCAGAUUGAUUACAAAACACUGGUCCUGAGCUGUGUGAACCCUGACAACGUGAACAGCUCCGAGAUCCCUGUGAAGAUCCUGAACUGUGACACCAUCACACAGGUCAAGGAGAAGAUCCUCGAUGCCAUCUUCAAGAACGUGCCCUGUUCCCACCGGCCCAAAGCUGCUGACAUGGACCUGGAGUGGCGGCAGGCAAGUGGGGCAAGGAUGAUCCUCCAGGAUGAAGACAUCACAACCAAGAUAGAGAAUGACUGGAAGAGACUCAACACGCUGGCACAUUAUCAGGUGCCAGAUGGAUCUGUGGUAGCUUUAGUCUCCAAGCAAGUCACUGCCUACAAUGCAGUCAACAACUCCACAGUCUCCCGAACCUCAGCCAGCAAAUAUGAAAACAUGAUCCGUUACACAGGCAGCCCAGACAGCCUCCGCUCCCGCACACCCAUGAUCACUCCUGACCUUGAGAGUGGAGUCAAGAUGUGGCACUUGGUGAAGAACCAUGAACAUGGCGACCAAAAAGAGGGUGACCGGGGCAGCAAGAUGGUUUCUGAGAUCUACCUGACAAGGCUACUCGCCACCAAGGGCACUCUCCAGAAAUUUGUAGACGACCUCUUUGAGACCAUCUUCAGCACAGCUCAUCGUGGCAGUGCACUUCCCCUGGCUAUCAAAUACAUGUUUGACUUCCUGGAUGAGCAAGCUGAUAAGCACAACAUCCAUGACCCCCAUGUGCGGCAUACUUGGAAGAGCAAUUGCCUGCCAUUACGGUUCUGGGUUAACAUGAUCAAGAACCCACAGUUUGUCUUUGACAUUCACAAGAACAGUAUCACAGAUGCCUGCCUCUCUGUAGUGGCUCAGACAUUCAUGGACUCCUGUUCAACCUCGGAGCAUCGUCUGGGCAAAGACUCACCCUCCAAUAAGCUUCUGUAUGCCAAGGACAUCCCCAGCUACAAGAACUGGGUGGAAAGGUACUAUUCAGACAUUGCCAAAAUGCCAGCAAUCAGUGACCAGGACAUGAAUGCAUACUUGGCUGAGCAGUCUCGCAUGCAUAUGAAUGAGUUCAACACUAUGAGUGCACUCUCGGAAAUAUACUCCUAUGUCGGCAAGUACAGUGAGGAGAUUCUCGGAGCCCUUGAUCAAGAUGACCAAGCUGGGAAACAGAAACUUGCCUACAAACUUGAACAAGUCAUAACCCUCAUGAGCAUAGACAGCUGAGAACUGUCCUGCCAGGGACACCCUGGGAGGGAUAAACCAAGUCGUGCCUCACUCAAGAUCAUCAUCUUUACCAAGUGCAAGUUUUGAUUGGCUGUAAGCAGAGUCACCUGAACAGCACUCCUCUCUCUCUCUCAUUUCUUUCUCUUUCAAAAUCUGUGGACAAAGUGAGAAAUCCCCAGGGGUUAAAAGAAAAGAUUGCAGAGGAAUCUGAGCUCUGGGGAUAUCAAGACAUUCAGGUGAAGCUCUCAUUUUCACAGCUUCCCCUCUGCCUUUAUUCUACAAAAGAAAAAAAA